UAAUAUAUUUUAAAACAAUUAUUUUUGAUUUAAGUAGAUAAUAUUAAAUUCUAAUUCAAAAUAUAUUUUGAGCAAAUUUGAUACUAAUGAUAAACCUAUGAUAGAUUUGCGGAUAUAUAAACUUACAAAUAUUCAAAAUAAGUAAUAUUUACUUCAUUUAAGUAACAUUACAAUAUUUUCUGUGCAUACCACGUAGAUUUACUUUAAGUAAAUCAUUUCUUUCAAGUAAAUAAAGCAAAAUAUUCUUUAUAAACCGUAAUUUAAAAAAAACUAGAAUUUAAUAUAAUUGCUUAGCACGGGAUUUAUAUUUUUUUACGUGUAAUAUUAGCACAAUCGUAUAAUUCGAUAUGUUCGUAUAUACGAUUCAAUUUAGACAAUAGCGAUUUCCAAGUAUAUUGCAAUUCGUGCGAUAUCCGAGACGCAAGGACGUUAUGCCGGCUUCAUUUACCUCGCACACUUUGUUCCGGCGCUUCGCUAUUUGCGAUUCCGUUUUAUUGCUCGAUCUACCAUAAACGGUAACGGCGCGGUACCUCGUAAAAGAUACGAGCGUCGCACAUCUAUAGAAACUGCAUACGCCCGUGCGUCGGGCAAAUCAUUCGGAAUCAGAACGUCUUUACAACAUCACGAACUGCUUCGAAAUUGGCUGUACACUCGUCAAACGAGGUUCUGUAAUAACAACACAAUCUCGCCAAUCGCGAGUACGAUCUAAUGGCGAUGUUGGCUUAGUGGCUUAUUCUGUAACAGAAGAUCUUAUUGCUAUAUUCAUCCAAUAAACUCGAGGUAUAUAUCCGGAUGUUUUUCAAUGUUGCUUUAAAUCGUGGUGGAAACAUCUUCGAGAUAUGCAAAUCGCAAAUUAGAAGUAUUAUUGCAAAGUUAAUGUCUUCUGCACGAACAUAUAUAUGUGUAAAUCUGAUAAUCAUCUUGACGACGAUAGCAGUCGUUUAAAUUGUCGUCGCCCAGGAUCAAUCUAUCGACCCGGAGGCGACAGGAAACCAGGUGGGCCAAGCCGCAAGUGUUGCUCCAACAUUUUUAAUGAACCACCGUUGAUGGUGAUCUGGACAGUGUCUCUGUUGGCGUUCUUUGUGUCGGAGAAACUACAAGCGGAACUUUCCAGCGGUGGCGGUUUCGAGACCCGUUUCCAACUAACCGGGAGACUUCUGGACGGCAAGUGGAGACCUGUAAGGGGACACCCGAACCAACGGGAUCGACAACAAACAGGAACUGCAAAGGGCGGUACAGUUAUCGGAUUACCGGCGUAACUCAGCUUGAUAUAGCUGAUUUAUUAACGGAAGUCGAUUAGUCUCAAUCUCACACCCAAUCAAGACAAAAAUCAAGACGCACAGCAACGCACACUCGAUUUUUACACAUCAACGAAUAUAUCGUCGCAUUUUGCGUAGACAGCGAUUUUGAAAUUUUUAAAAAGUAAAGUAUUAUAUUAAUACUUCGAACUUUCUAGUCUCGUACACGGUUCGCCGACGAUUUUCGUACAGCUUAUAAUCCGUAUCAGCCCUGCCGCGGGGAUUUGCACGAGAUUCCAGAAUUAUCCCCCGGUGGCCGACGGGGAUGAUCCUAAGCAAACACGCGUACGGCCACACGACUCACAUCCCCACCACGCUGCGUUUCUUCGUGCUCGUACAAUUCCUUGGCAGCGACCAAGCAAAUGGGAAGGGAGGGAAGCGACAAUACCCGAUGGUGUUGUACAAGAGCAGCAGAUCGGCCCUUCGAUUCGCAGAAGGAAGAAUGAAUUCGUGUAUAAGAGCGGAAAAGGUGCUACGUUCGAGCGACCUUCACAUUUUCGUCGAGCACUAAACGUCCCUUUGCGAGACGUGUUAUGUCGAGUGAUGUCGACGAACUGUCUUCUUUAAGUUAUUCACCGACAAUUCUCCGGACGGCGAAGGAAGCAGAGCAGAGACGGUUGCAGCUUGCUGUUUGGGAAUGAUGGAUGAGACAAAUCGAUCGUGACGAGAAACGCAUAACAUCUCGUACUUGGAACUUGCAAAAUUAUUGUAUUUAAACUCGACAUGUUUAUUUUGUUUGAUGGAACGAAAAAUACACAAAGCUAUAACAUUAUUAUUACUAUCAAUGUCAAUCUUACCAUACCUUUUAUCCUUUUUAUAUAAUAUGCAAGUAAUUUGUAUGUGUGCUCAUAUAUUAUAAUUUAAGCAACAUUGGCUUUAAUACUUUUGAAGGUCGUCACUUUUUUACUUUAGCGCAGCUGAUGCUGGACACUCUAAUACGUUCAAGGUGAAUGUGGUUUGUGGUUAGAAGGAUCACUUGCUCUCGAUUCAACAUGUUGUAUCUUCAGCCGUAAACGAUAAUAGCGACAAUCUACGCGCCAUAAUGGAUGCUCAUCAUUACUUCGAAAUUGCAGUUCUCACUCGCAAACGUGACCGAUCGUGUGCGCACAAAAAGCGCUUUUAAGUGUAUUGUUUUUACAUUCUCCCCUUUUUUUUAGGCGAAUGUGACGUUUCCAUUGUGUAUUUUCAAUAGAAAUACACACAUAGUCAUAUAAAAAUAUAAUAGUAAAUGUGGUCAAGUGCAUCAGCCAUAUGUGUAACACUAUUAUAUUAAAGCCAAUUCUCUGCGAUACAAAUUUCCUACAUAAAAGUAGAAUCUUUCUUAGAAGAUCAAAAAUGACACGCCUCGCGGUUAGCGAAAUGUUAUACUGUGAUAUUUGCGAACACGCGAUCUGAGAUUCUUGCGAGAGUCUUGUUGAUUCUUCGAGUGUUCCCUAAGACGAAUACGCUUAGAGGGAGAUCAGGUAAGACCAGUUGGAAACGUAGAAACGACACGCGGCUCGUCCCGAAUCAGCGAGAGAAUUCAUCAUUAUUACCAUUGACCGUUGGUCCCUGGGGUCUACCCAUUCGGGUUCCACAGGAAGUAGGCCGGUCGGAUCAAGGAUCAGGCUGCCCUUUUCCAUUUUGAGGCGGCCCAUUCAGGUGUAAUGGUCAGUUAAAGACUAUCCAAACAGAGGAUACCACCGGUUCUUUCGAUGAACUUCCGAGUCUUCCUUUUUUCUCAUGACCGAAUCUUCGGCUCGAAGUCUUCCGUUUGAAUCGCAUCUUUUGUUCAUGUAUUAAACUACCAGCGAAUAAAUUGAUUUGAAAUUUAGUUUUUGAUAUUUCGAGCAAAUGAUAACAAUAAUAUAUAAAAUUCGUUAAGUUUAGUAUUUGCUUAUUCUUAAAAUCAUUGAAAUAUUUAGAAUUGAUUUUUUUCCUUUGCUAUGCAAUUUCUGUUUACACAGUUUUCAAUACACUCGACAAAAUUUAUAUUCUAUUCAUAUUCUUGAAUCGAUGGAUUUGUCUUCGCGAAUUGUUAACCAAGAUCUACGCGAAUAACGGAGGCGAGCCCACCCGCGGUUGCCUAAAUAGAGGAAUCAUCUCAAGUAUAUUUAUCCACGUGAUCGUCGAAUAACAAACGCGGAAAUCCUUAAAUCCUAAAUCAACCUGGCGCGAGCCGAAACCGAAAGCAGACUGCAAACAAACGGCGGUAGUCGAACCGUGGAGGAGUCGCAGUCCAAUGUGGCGAAAGUCAAAUAUUAGGUCACGAAAUAAGACGUGCUUUGUGUUCAGUCAAGCGAUUUCACUUCUCCAAGCAAUUUUCAAUAAUUUCACAAUAUAAUUAUGAUAUUUCCUCGUUCUAUUCAAAUGGUGAUGAAAGAUUUUUUUUUUUUCGUUUAUAACUUUUAACAUGGCAGUAAAAUUGCUGCAGUAUAAAAAAAAAACCAACGUUGGCGCGAUAUCGUACGUUCUUUUAUUAUCGUCGAAAAAUCUGCAUGAUAACGUCAUUUGAUUCGCGGCUCGAAACGAUUCCUCGUCGUAAAAAAUGCUUUUCGCGUGGCUCGCUUCUUAUCUGAACCGAGAUACCUGCUGCUACGGCAGAGUAGCGGCAGUGAUGAAGAACAGAAGACGAAGACAAGACAAUGACCGCUGUUCAAACAUGUUCGGACUUCAAACGAUCGCCGGUGCAUCUCGUAUGGGAUGCGGCUGCCACCGGCUGCAGCAUGUGCAUUAGCGGUUCGCAAGAAGAGAAAAGGCAAAGGAAAGUGCGCCUCCGCAAUGUCGUAUCCUUUCGAGCCGCGGCCGAAGGACAUCCGGCAUCGGAAAUAAUAAAUAUUUGAGAAGGUGCUACGGAACGAUGCAGAUGCGGCGAAGCCUUUCAUUUGUAGGGACAUGCUGAAAUUAGUGUAUCGGAAGCUACGGGAGGCUAUGUGGAGAAAGGAGAAUAUUUUGCUAGGACCACUGAGCCACUGCGCGAACAUUUAACAAAACACUAGACUUGGAAACUGCAUCUUUAACCCUAUGUAGGAUUAUGUAUCUGAAUAUUAGCUUGGUCAAAGACUCUUCCUUAAAUUCAUUUUCAUAUAUGUUUCUACUUCUUUUUCUGUACCAGAUGUUUUCUUCUAAUUUAUUAGAAUUUAUAAUAGAUCUGAUCAUUAUCUUUUCGAGUCUUUCUUAUAAGAGAACUUUUAACACUUUGAGAGUCUUUCAAUAUAUUUUUUUUAAUGAUCGUGACGACUUUUAUUAAACAGCCGCUCAGCGUCCAGCUGGAAGACGUCGCACGCGCUCUAAACGAGCAGCUGGAAGCGGUGUCGAACGUGUUGUUGAAUUUUAUUGCGUACGAUUUUAUUUUUAAGUCGGUUCCAAGAGUGGCGACGCGCUUAUCUGCAUACACCGAAGAUUCAUCCACCGAGUUGACUGACGAGCGCCGCCCUCCCCUAAUCGUUCGAUCGCCAAAAAAUUUACAAAAAAAGACGCCACGCCGUGCGCGCGGGCGACAGGGGACGGAGAAGAGAAAGGGACCACGUUACGGGGAAGGAGUCCCAAGAAACAAACUGAGACGAAACUCUCCCUGCGUACCCGGGCACCGCCUUUGCAGUCCACCCAUCCAUCUCCGGCGUGCAUAUAUAUUUUUGGGCAGCUAGUUUUUCCCCCGAGGGAGAUUUAUCAUGUCCCUACGCCUCUUCUCUCGCGGGCUGCUCCAUCAGUGCCCGACGUGUGGCAGGGAAUAAUUGGCAGAGCGGAGGAGUGGCCGCAUCGUACUUCAGAAACUACUUUGGAGAUGGCUCGUGGGAGCAGAGUAGUUCACAAUCAGUUACGUAGAAAACGAUGAUUCCCGUAAAUACAGAUAGUAACCAGCGUGAAGACUAAAUUUGCGUCUGAUCAUCUGAUAUCGAUCCGUUAAUUCUCAAGUGGAUUUUUAUGCAAACUUUUAUGUUAACCGUAUCGUACUGUAAAUGAUAAAAGGUUUAACAUUUUUUCUUUGGUCUAAAUUUUUUCCACGUUUGUUAAAUUGUAAAGAAUUAUUCUAAAGAAAUUGCAGUGAUCGAAAAAAUAAUUGAAAAACACGCAUGUGAUGAAAAAAUUGAAGAAAAGAUAAGAAUAAAUAGAGAAAAAUACAUUGAAAAAUGUUAUUGGAUUAAAUUAAAAAUUUAGUAGAUUUAGUAGAACUGUACGUCUGUUUAAAAAUGGACAAAUAAAAAAAAUCUUGUAGGAAAUACCGAAUUAUUCUGAUUUCAUCGAAAUGCACACAUAUGUAUCUUAUCAAACGAUAUGUUCAAUUAGUAUAUUGUAUAUUAGUAUAUUAGUAUAUUAUUAUCAUUUUUUUCAAUGUAUAUUCAGAUAUUAAAUUCUCUUUUCUAAAAUAUCUGUCCUUCAGAAACGCGGGGCAAUAGAAUUUUCAACACGGCACUGUUUGCUGUUACAGCGAGUAAGAAAUAUCAAGCAGGUCAUUACAAAGUCGUUCGAUCGAACAGUCACUCGAAAUAGGUUCGUUUGCGUACAUCAUCCAGAACCGUCAUCCUGCAGAAAGCCAAGAAUGGGCGUGCUACAAUUUGCGGAAGAAUUUACGCGUCUAAUUAUUUAUUACACGAGAACAUCGAAUAACGAUCCAUCGUCGAAUGCCACCGUGCCUUUAAGCAAUGAACAAAUAGUGUUCACCAUACAACACGUGCUUGACGCACUCAAAAUAAAGGGCUUCAAAAACAAGAAUGAUAAUAAUCCGUUAGAAAUAUCCAAUGGCACAAACGCUGUUAUAAAUCCAGAAACUUCCCUCAUAAACAUCAAACGUGAAUUAGAUACUGGGGAUACAUACAGAUGUUCUGAAGAUGCUCAAUCUGUUUUUACGAAUACUGAUUCUCCUGUUUCUGAUAUCUCACUACCAAUCACGAAAAAAGAACGAGAAAAUUCAUUCAAUACAUUACAAAACGAAAAAAAGUUUCUUUCACGAUCAAAUCCUGCGAUCUAUAUUAAUAAUAUUAGCAGAUCAGAUACUUUUGUUCGUGAAGAAAAUCAAAAGAGUAUAAAUCAAAGUGAAGACCAAGAAGACGUUUUUAAUGAUACAACAAAUGCUGAACAACAUAAUGAUUUAAAUUGUUUGCAAACAACGUUAAAAGAAAUACGAAAAUCUACUAUAAACAUCAUAAUGAAGCUGAAUAAUUUAGAACAAUCAUUCCCGCAAGGAUUUCCAAAUGACGUUCAACAAUUAUCUUCAAUUAGUAAUUAUUCUAGUCCCCGUCGUAUUUCAACUAUAAAAAAAACGAAGGUGCCAAGUAACACUAACAGAAGAUCAAGUGUCAUGUCGUCUCGAACACCAACACCCUCUAAAUUGUUUCCAGUAGAAAAUGGAACUAUGCUUGAGAGACGCAAAAGUACUGGUGGAAUCAGGAUUAAUGUUGCAAUUGAGGGAAAAUCUGCUCGAUCUAUAAAAGUCACAGAAACAUCAAAUCAAAAUUCGCAACAAAUUAUGAAUUUAUCUGGAUCUAGCAAAGCGUCACCAGGUUUAUCCACUGAAGUUCAACCUAAAUUUAAAAAAAAUCCGAAAUACGCCCAUAUAAAAAGCACUAUACCGAAAGUAAUUAGUCAAAAGAAAAAGAUAUAAAAUUUAUAAUGAAAGUCAGGAUAAUACGGCAAAAUAAUUAUAUUUGUAUAAUAAGUCAAUUUUGAAGUCAAAUACAUUUAUGCGUUACUUUGUAUUGUCAAAAAGUACAUAUAAAUGCAUGUAUUUGUUUAAUAA